CCCACCCCACCCCACCCCAGCGCUUGAAGAUGUCCGGAAUCCAGGAGGCUCGUAUGAGGAGCAUCCGUCCAUACAAGACCGGGGAACAAUACCUCUAUGCCAUGAAGGAGGACUUGGCCGAGUGGCUGAAGGAACUCUAUGAUCUAGACAUCAACGUGGGGUUCUUCUUCGAAGCCCUGGAGACAGGGGUCUUGCUCUGUCACCAUGCCAACAGCAUCACCCAAGUGGCUUGGGACUUUGAGCAGAGGUACCCGGGUCUGAGCCACAAACUCCAGCUGCCCACCUGCGAAGUGACUUGCAACGACUUUGCUCAGCCAGGGACCUUCCAAGCCAGGGACAACGUGUCCAACUUCAUCCAGUGGUGCCGGAAAGAGAUGGGCAUUAAAGAAGUCCUGAUGUUCGAGACGGAAGACCUGGUCUUGCGCAAGAACGAGAAGAACUUUGUCCUUUGUCUCUUGGAGGUGGCCCGCCGAGCCGCUCGCUUUGGCAUGAGCGCCCCCACCCUCAUCCAGAUGGAGGAGGAGAUCGAGGAGGAGAUCCGCGAGGACCUGAACCUGCCGCCGGAAGAGACCCCCCUCCCAAGGGCCCAGAGGAAGCCAGCCAAUUUCAAGAACCUCGACCAGAUGGUCCAGUGUCUCGUCAGCCGUUGCACCUGCCCGGUCCAGUUCCCCAUGAUCAAAGUCUCAGAAGGGAAAUACCGUGUGGGUGAUUCAAAUUUGCUGAUCUUUGUCAGGAUCCUGCGGAAUCACGUGAUGGUCCGAGUGGGCGGCGGCUGGGACACCCUAGAACACUACCUGGACAAGCAUGACCCCUGCCGGUGCACCUCGCUCUCUCACAAGCAAGCCUUGAGGGCAGGCAGCCCUCAGAAGAUGCAAGCCACGCCCGUCCAACACGAAAUCACAGCCCGCUUAGCGCCCAGGAAAGACAACCCCAAGCCCCAGCCUGCUUUGAUUGUCACCCGAUCCCAAAGCCCGCUGCCCCCAGUGGAGUGGAGGACCUACACUUCUAACACCCACAGCCCUGGGUGGAAGACUCUGCAGCGGUCACCUCCGAGCAAUAGUGGUGGCGGCGGCAGCAGCAGUAGGAAAACCACAGCUCUGCUUAUCUCCCCGGAGGUCUCAGAACAUCAGAGAGUCACUUCCGUCAGGGCAAGGUCAGUGACUCCAACCCGGAGGCUUCUGCCCCCCGAAGAAAGACCCGCAUCUAAGCCAACUCUCUCUAUGUGGAGCAGAAGAGAGACAUGCCCUGUCCUGUCCCAGCUGAACGGAAGCACGGAUAACAACUUGCCCGUUCGGAAAUCUGUCUCAGAGGCACACCGCGGAAGAUCUCCUGCCAGAAUCCCAACGCCGACACCUCACAAAGAGAAACCAGAGAGGCCAGCAUCGUCCAGAGCUGCUACACCGAGGGCUCCAGUGACCCGGCCUCCAGGAAGGUCCCAGCCUGAAAUGAACGGCCCGCAGACCCGCUCUUCCAGUCCGGCCAAGCGAUUCCAGGCCCCAAUGGAAAGCCCUGCAAGGCCACAAGGUGGAGUCACCGUACACAGCUGGAGUAAGGACUCAAUAGCGUGGCGAUCACCCUCCCCAGUAAAACAUGCAGGUGUGACUCAGAAAGAAGACAGCAGUGCCAAGACCUCCGGAAGAGUUGCCCCAACACCAUACAGGCCCCCAGCAAUUGGUAGCAGCUACCAAGAGGCGUUCUGUUUCAGAAAUGGGGGUAACACCCUGGACAAAAACCAAGCCAACCUGCCCAGGAAAGAGCUUUUCAAGGGCAAGGCCCCUCUUCUGAGAGAACAGGGCAAGGCUGCCAGCCUAGAAGCAUCAGCCAGCAGGUUCUGCAACAGCUCAGGGGGUGGAAUCAGUCAGAAAAUGAAGGAUGGUGGGACCUUAUUUGGGAAAGAGGGUGUUCCAGGAAGACCUUGUAAAGAUGGCCGGAUGAGUCAUGGAGAUACCAAGGAACUGGCCAGGGGAACAGAACGUGUUUACACACCACUGCCUAUCAACCCAGUGGAAGAACAAGCUCUGUACAGGAGCCUAGAGGAUGAGAUUUUGGCCAACAUCAAGGAGCUGGAGGAAGUCUCUGAAGGCAACCCCGUUUCUCCAGGGAGUUGGCUAGGAGGGUUUGGAGUGGACUGUUGCCAAGGAAGAGACGCCAUGGCCUUGACCUGUAAUGAGCCGAGGGUCUCCACACCCACCCGGUCCUCUUUGCCUAUCACCCCGAAGACCUCGGUCCCUGAGGGAGGAGUGCCUCGGAGCGGGGUCUAUGUGCCUGAGAGGGAGAUGAGGUGGCACCCCGCGGGACUACACUACGACAGCGUUAUUCAGGAGCUCUCCAAGACACUCCACCGGGAGCAUGCAGGAACUGAGGGAAGUCCCCUUCAGUCAAGUCCAUCUCUGGUGAAUGGAAACCAGGCCGGAAAAAUUUUCCUAGACAGAGAAGGUGCUGUUCCUGAGGAGAACUGUGUGGCCCCUGAAGCAGAAGGUGGAGAACCAUACCACACAGCUCGUGUGGAAGUCGACGGAAACGGCAGAGUCUCUCAAGUGAUGCCAGGCAGACCUCCUGAUUCUCCAGAGCACCCCCCAGCUCCCGAGGACACAAAACUACCUCAGAGUAAGCCGAGGCGGUCUCUGAAGAAACCGGAGCGGGUGCCCUCCAUUUACAAGCUGAAGCUGCGCCCCAAAAUCCGGCCACGCAGAGACAACAGGCCUGAAAAGAGGCCUUCAAGGAUCCCUACUCCAAUUGCAUACAGGCAUGCCCAAAGAGGAUCCAGCUUCAAGGCCCAGGCGAAGAAGGCCCACGGCAUCAAAUCCCAAAUCCGGAGUGGCCAGGCUGGCGUGAGGCAAAAUGGCACAGGGGACACCGGUUCCAAAGACCAGGCCGCACUUUCUGACUAUAGCCCUUCCUCCACACAAGACGGGGAUCCUGGGAGGAAAACAAGUGUGACAGAGGGGGAAACGGGGGAGUCAGGUGUGGAGGAAUCCUGGGUGUGA